GGAGGAGGAGGAGGAGGAGGAUGGCGGCGGUGGUGGUGGCGGCGGCGGGCAGCAGAGCGGGGAGACGGGCGGAGGAAUAACAACAACAUGACGAUGGUCUAGCCUGGAGCUCUUCCUUUUUGUUGUUUGGCUGCCCGCAUGGAUUGUUGCUCACCGAACGGCCCGGGAUACAAUAUGUAGCAGAGGGCCGUCUCUAACCUGCAUCCACUGCUUUCCGAGACCAGGGAUUGUACCACGCCUUGCUUGCUUUCCACUCUUUGAGUUCAUGAGGUUCUGGUCUUCCCGGCUUGCACCAUGAGUACCAGCGUGGGAAAAGAGAAGGACCCCAAAGAUAAAGAGCCGAAGGGGCACGCUACAGUAAAGGAGCCCAAGGCCUCGGGGGGCACUCUGAAAGAGGGCAAGGACCUUAAGACCAAAGUGAAAGAUGCCAAAGAAGGGAAGAAGGACGCCGGCGGGGCGCAGCCCGGGGUGGCAUUUUCCGUAGACAACACGAUAAAACGUCCCAACCCAGCCGCCGGCAUGCGCAAAAAGGCCAGCAACGCCGAGGUGAUCAAGGAAUUGAACAAAUGCCGGGAGGAGAACUCUACUCGCUUGGACUUGGCCAAGAAGUCCAUACACCAGCUCCCGGCCUCCAUCAAGGAGCUGACGCAGCUAUCGGAACUUUAUUUAUACGGUAACAAGCUGCCGUCGCUACCGGCAGAGGUGGGCUGCCUAGUGAACUUGGUGACGCUGGCUCUUAGCGAGAACUCUUUAACCAGCCUGCCGGACUCUUUGGACAACUUGAAGAAGCUGCGCAUGCUCGACUUGCGGCAUAACAAGCUGCGAGAGAUCCCGCCGGUGGUGUAUCGGCUCAGCUCGCUCACCACGCUGUUUUUGCGCUUUAACCGUCUCACUACUGUGGAGAAGGACAUUAAAACCCUGACCAAGCUAACGAUGCUGAGCAUCCGGGAGAACAAGAUCAAACAGUUGCCAGCGGAGAUCGGGGAGUUGUGUAACCUCAUCACACUGGAUGUCGCUCACAAUCAGCUGGAACAUCUUCCGAAAGAGAUCGGGAACUGCACCCAGAUCACCAACUUGGACCUGCAACACAACGAGCUCUUGGACCUGCCAGACACAAUAGGAAAUCUCUCCAGCUUGAACCGAUUGGGGCUGCGCUACAACAGGCUGUCGGCCAUCCCACGAUCCUUAGCGAAAUGCAGCGAACUUGACGAGUUGAACUUGGAGAAUAACAAUAUUUCCACUUUGCCAGAGGGUCUGCUGUCCAGCUUGGGGAAAGUGACAAGUUUGACCCUUGCCAGGAACUGUUUCCAGUCCUACCCAGUGGGCGGACCCUCCCAGUUUUCCACUAUCUACUCCCUCAACAUGGAGCAUAAUCGUAUUAAUAAAAUUCCAUUUGGAAUUUUCUCCAGAGCUAAAGUAUUAAGCAAGCUGAAUAUGAAGGACAAUCAGCUAACUUCUCUACCCUUGGAUUUCGGCACAUGGACGAGUAUGGUGGAGCUGAACCUGGCCACCAACCAGCUGACGAAAAUCCCAGAAGACGUGUCUGGCUUGGUGUCUAUCGAGGUUUUAAUUUUAUCAAACAAUCUCUUAAAGAAGCUGCCGCACGGUAUUGGGAAUCUGCGCAAGCUGAGGGAGUUGGAUCUGGAGGAGAACAAGCUUGAGUCUUUGCCAAACGAGAUUGCUUACCUAAAAGACCUGCAGAAACUGGUGCUGACGAACAACCAGCUGACGACCUUGCCAAGAGGAAUCGGUCACCUGACAAACCUGACGCACCUUGGACUUGGGGAGAACCUUCUCACUCAUCUUCCAGAGGAAAUAGGUACACUGGAGAACCUGGAGGAGCUGUAUCUCAAUGACAACCCCAAUUUGCACGGCCUCCCAUUUGAGCUGGCCCUGUGCAGCAAACUGUCAAUCAUGAGUAUCGAGAACUGUCCUCUCAGCCACCUGCCACCCCAAAUUGUGGCCGGCGGGCCCUCCUUUAUUAUCCAGUUCCUGAAGAUGCAAGGUCCUUACCGUGCCAUGGUCUAAUGCAAGUCCCACGCAACUCCCCAUACACUGUACAAAAACGCAUCCAUGUCGUGUUCCUGUAUAUAUCUAUAUCUAGAAAGAGGCCGUAGAUAUAGAUGUAUCAUUCUCUCUCUCUCUCUCUAUCUAUGUAUAUGUAUAUGUAAUGAAAAGGCAAAUUUAUUAAGACUGCAUUAUGUGUUUUUGCUAAUAGAGGAAACAUAGCCAUUUAGCUUUUUUGUUGUUGUUUUUUUUUUUAUUAUGUCAAAAAUAUCAGUUGCUUGUUGAAGCGCUUUUUUUAUUUGAUGU